AUCGGCAACAAAGGUAGUGGAGAUCAAAAGGUUUGCUUGAAUAUGAGGUACUUAGUCAGAUUCCAUCACUUUCAUUCACAAUCCGGGAUUCGCCUCCAUUUCUCGAGACAUAAGACUCUCGCUCUUCAUUUUUCAUCACUCUCCAAAUCAUCCAAACAAGCGAAGAAAGCCCAACAAGCUGAAACUUGUAGCAUACCGUCACUCUUCCAUGAAAUAACUGAUAUUUUAGGAUCUGUUGAAUUAACUCCAGAUGAAACCAAAUCAGGGUUUUCAAUAACUCCACAAACCACUGGCAGGGAGCUUGAAUUCAUGGAACAAUCGUUGUCUAGAAGGCCGGGUGUUUGUCAAAAUGCCCAGCAGAGGAGUGAAUUGGUGGAAAAGAAGCGGAAUGAAAUAACUGACAUUUUUGGAGCUGUUAAAGUAAUCUCAGGUGAAAUCCCAUCUGGGUUUUCAAUAACCCCAGGAACCAAUGCCAGUGAGCUUGAGUUUAUUGAGCAACCGUUGUCAGGCAGGCCAGUGGUUUGUCAAAAUUCCCAGAAGAAGAGUGGAUUGCUGGGAACAGAGGAUAAUGUAACGGUUUUGGAUGAUACUCAAAUGGGGAAUUCAGUCGAAUUCGAUGUUAGUCCUGUGGUUCAUGAGAUAACUAAGAUAGUUAGAGCUGAAAACGCCUUGAUUUCCAUGGAGGAACAAUUAGAUAAAUCAGGGUUUUCUUUUGAACCAGAUAUUGUUGAGAAAGUGUUGAAAAGGUGCUUUAAGGUGCCUCAUUUAGCAUUUAGAUUCUUCAACUGGGUGAAGGUUAGACAAGGUUUUCGUUAUACAACUGAACUUUUUAAUACCAUUCUGUAUGUAAGUGGUGAGGCUAAAGAAUAUGGACUGGUUGAGAAGAUAUUGGAGGAAAUGGAGGCGAAAUCUUGUAAGAAAGAUAUAAAGACUUGGACAAUUCUAAUUUCACAAUAUGGGAAGUCAAAGAUGAUUGGCAAAGUGCUGGAAGUCUUCGAAAACAUGAAGAAAUGUGGUUUUGAACCCGACACAAUGACUUAUACGAUGAUGGUGCGUGCUUUUUGCAAUGCUGAAAAAGGUGAAUUAGCAUUAGAGUUUUACAAGGAGAUGGUUGAGAAGGAAAUGAGCCUUGAUUCAAAUUCAUACAAGAUGCUACUGAAUUGCGUAGCGAAAUCAGGGGAUAACGAUUCGGUUCACUUGGUUGCGGAUAACAUGAUGAGGGUCUCUGAGAUUCCAGAACAAGAAGUUUAUGGCUAUGUAUUGAAGAGUUUCUGUAUUUCUGGAAGAAUCAAGGAAGCUUUAGAAUUUAUUUGGGACCUUAGGAAGAAAGAUUUGUCUUUAGACCCCCAUUAUUUCGAGAUUCUGAUCAAAGGGUUGUGCAGAGCUGAUAGGAUUGCCGAUGCCAUGGAGAUUGUUGAUAUUAUGAAGAGAAGACAACUGAUUACCGAGAAGGUUUAUGAGAUUAUCAUCAAUGGGUAUUUGAGAAGAAAUGAUUUUUCCAAGGCAUUUGAUCUUUUCCAAACCAUGAAGGAAUCCGGGUUCUUGCCAACGGUUUCUACUUACUCUGAUCUAAUGCAAUGCCUCUUUAGAUCGAAGGAGUAUAAGAAAGGCUGUGAUUUAUACAAUGAGAUGCUGGAGAAAGGUGUUGAACCUGAUACUGUUGCUAUUAUGGCCAUGGUUGCAGGUCAUGUUGGCCAAAACCGUAUAUCCGAAGCUUGGAAAGUGUUCAAUUCGAUGGAGGAUAGGGGGAUUACACCCACUUGGAAAGCAUAUUCAGUAUUCAUUAAGGAGCUUGGUAAAGUUGCAAAGAAAGAUGAAAUUUUUCAGGUUUUAUGCAAAAUGCAGGAGGAAAAGGUAGUCAUACGAGAUGAUGAGAUAUACCGUUGGAUUAUAUCUAGCAUGGAGAGAAAUGGAGAGACAGAUAUUGUUGAAAAAUUAAAGAAGUUGCAGAGAAUUAGUAAAAUUCAUUCUCAGGCCGAUGAGGUAAGCAAUAACGGCUUCAAAGGACAGGACCUCCUCCCCGAUUCGGGUGAUAAACAUUUAGAACCCAAGAGGACAGACUGUAACCAAGUACAGUCCCUUUCGAAGGCCUUCAACAAGCAAGACCCGGAAGAAGUGUAUAGAAUAAUAUCAUCCUCAAAGGAUUGGUUCAUUAUUGAAAAAGGUUUGGAGAGAUGCAACAUUAAGUUCACACCAGAACUUGUUGUGGAAAUACUGCGAAAGAGCAGUUUGCAUGGUAAAAAUGCUUUAAAUUUCUUUUCAUGGGCAGGAAAGCAAGCCGGUUAUCAGCACACUUUAGAAACUUACAACAUGGCUAUCAAAAUCUCCGGAUGUGGGAAAGAUUUCAAGAACAUGAGAAGGCUCUUCUAUGAAAUGAAAAGGAGGGGUUGUUUAGUAUCGGAUACGUGGGCGAUCAUGAUAAUGCAAUAUGGUCGUACUGGUCUAACCGAAAUUGCGUUGAGGACUUUAACUGAGAUGAAAUCCGACGGUUUUAAUCCAACCGCUAGUACCUACAAGUACUUGAUCAUAUCACUCUGCGGGAGAAAAGGUAGGAAGGUAGAUGAAGCCGUUCAAAUCUUCCAAGAAAUGAUCCGUGCUGGAUUUGUCCCCGACAAAGAGUUGCUUGAAACAUAUCUUGGCUGUUUAUGUGAAGUUGACAAGCUAACAGAAGCCAGAAGCUGUGUGGAAUCUCUCAGCAAGAUUGGAUUCUCAGCUCCACUAAGUUAUUCCUUGUAUAUUAGGGCACUUUGUCGAAUAGAGAGACUCGAAGAAGCUUUAGAAAUAUUAGAUAAUGCCGGGACGGAACAGUCCCCAUUGGAUCAGUAUGUUUAUGGAAGCCUUGUCCAUGCACUACUACGAAAGGGUCGAUUCGAACAAGCGCUGGCUAAGGUGAACUCCAUGAAGCAGGCCAACAUUCAUCCAACCGUCCAUGUUUAUACAUCCUUGAUAGUUCAUUUCUUCAAGGAGAAGCAACUCGGGAGUGCAUUGGCGGUUUUGGCAAAAAUGGAAAAGGAAGGUUGUCUGCCAACUAUCGUUACUUAUUCUGCAAUGAUUCGCGGCUACAUGGACACGGGAAAGGUUGCCGAUGCUUGGAACAUCUUCCGCCAUUUGAAGAUGAACGGACUGAAGCCUGAUUUCAAGACUUACUCAACGUUAAUUCGCUGUCUUUGUAAACUAGGUAGGUCCGAGGAAGCUAUGCAGCUUUUAUCCGAAAUGCGAAACUCAGGGAUCGCUCCUAGUGCCGUCAAUUUUCGGACUGUCUUUUAUGGUCUGAAUAGAGAAGGUAAGCAUUCUUUAGCUCAAGCUGUAUUGCAACAAAAAUCUGCUCUAAAAAGUGAACGCAAGCUUUCACCAUGA